UACCGUGAUGUUUACAAAUGGUUUACAAUAACCUAUAAACGAAGUGUGUUUAUAAAAACAUGUAACAUAUUCGGAAAUAAAGUGUGAAUUAUUAGAGUGAUCUAUUAAACAUGAGUGUGCAAGUGAAAAGUUUGGAUCACAUACAGUUAAACAAUCGCGUUUCAACUAAUUUUGCCUGCGAGUAUUCAGAAGAUGGCAAAAUAUUUCUGUUAUUAGAAAACGGUGUGUGCAUCUUAACAUUAAAAGGGUGUAUGGACAACAUAUUUCCCAGAUUUUCAUUUAAGAAAGAUCUAGUAAAAUUGUCAGAUACGAGUAUUUGCGAAAAUGUGGAUAUUGAUUUGUCAUCAUUUAUUAACGAUUUAAAUCGCAACAGUUUGUAUGAAACGGUAUUAGAUGUAGGUCUUUGUGGAAAUGCAAUCAACACAACACCUAUCGCUGCUGCACCUGUGUAUGCAAUGUGGUCACCUCGAGGAAUUGUCGAGAAGACAGAUUGUGCAUUAGCUAUUUUAACCAGCUUAAAUAACAUUGAAAUUUAUGUAGAAGCUAUUGAUGAGAAUGAAAUCAGCAGUUUUAUAAGAGUUGCGAAUUUUGCUAAAGAUAUUUCAGAGUAUUAUAGACGAACAUGGAAAAGGGUAGAUGGUGCGAGCCCUGAAUGUAAAUUAAUAGAAUUAAAAAAAAGAAUUGAACAAGUUACACCAACUGCUUUUACAUGGAGUCAUGUAAUUCUUAAAGAUAGAAAGGCAUGUUGUGUUUUGUUUGUUGGCCAUCAAGAUGGUUCAAUAACUGUGUGGAGAUUUGUUGAGCGCAAAGCAAGUGAGGUCUAUGAGUCAAAACUACAAUUCUUAGAAAGGUACCACACUAAAAUGAAAAAAAUCACCUCCCUUCAUUGGUUCUGCAGAAAAUCAGACGCUGGAGGGUUAUCUAUUGGAGAUGUAAAUGGGCACAUUUGUGCUGUAUCUGUAUCAAAAUUAUCCACUGAUAAAAUCAAAUUCAGUGAAGAAGUGGUUUUUAAUGCAGAAAAUGAUUUAAAAGUGGAUAAAAUUUGCAUUUUGAAUCAUCAAAAUGUAACAUACUUGAUUGCAGUCAAACAAAAUUACUUUCAAAUAUAUGCAAUAAAUGAGUAUGGCGACGUAAUUGAAGGAAAGCUGAUACAAGUAGGCAAUUUAUACAUAACAGGAGUGUUACACUAUGAAAAAAAUAUAUUAUUGGUUCUUAGUGUGUGUGGCCAGAUGAAGCAAAUAGAAUUUUCAUUAUCGAAUAAUGAAAUCUGUUUUUCGGAAAAAUUUAUACAGCUUGACUUUGAUACUAACAAAUAUCGAACACAUGGGUUCCUGUUAUCUCCAAACAAAGUUUUUUUGGGAGUUCUUUCAUAUCCUUGUCAUUUAAAAGAUGUCAGCAAAGGAAAGAAUUUCGUCAACUUUUUCAUUCUCAAGAAUAAAUCAAAAGAUCCAUUUGAAACACUUAUGAAUAUAUCAGCUACGACUAUAAGAGACUAUUGGGACUGCUUUGAAACUUUAAGGGUUACUUGUCUACAAGAAAAAGUAUUUCCUUGGAAAGGUAUCGAUCCCAACUUGAACUAUGACACCUUGCCGUUGCUGAAGCUAAAAAUAUUGAGGUGGAUUUCGAAACUUUCUGAAAAAAUCUAUCCAAUGAUUGCACGAGUAGAAGAGUACCAUAUCAAAGCUUAUGUACUUCUAAACUAUGCAGUAGACAUAAAAUUAGCCGUUCAAAGGAUGACUAAAUUACUGAAUGUUUAUUUUUCUGAAAAAAAACUUUCAUUAUUUCAGAUGCAAAGUUUAGACCUCCUUAAUUUCUUUUUGAAGGAAAUGGUUGUUACAGAUGUACUAACAAAGGCGAAUUUAGGAGAAGUAUUUGUGGAUGAAAUGUACAACGUUAUGAAAAUAGCAAAUGAAUUACAAUACCCGCCUAUGCCUCAAUGUUUAUGGUGUGGAGAAAAGAUAAUAGGAACUUCUUGUGUGCCAUACCAUCUGGACAGUAGAUGUGCCAUAUCGUUGAUGCCUCUUCACAUAACACCUGGUUACAAGUGCCCAUUUUGCAAAUGUGUAGUUAGUAAAGACAUGGACAAAGAAUAUUAUCCAAUAUUUUGUCCCUACUGUGACAUACCAAUGAAACGACGACAUUUUGAUAAAAAGUAUAAAAAAACUACGGACGAUACUCUCGAAGUUACAAAACUUGAUGACAUCGUAACAUCCGACUGUAACAUUGACUGUUUGAAGGAAGAAAUACAUUUCAGUGAUAUUGAAGAAAAUACAACCGAUUAUGUCGUUUUAACUGACAGCGAAGACGAAAGAGACGAUUCAGUUAGAGAACUACAUUACAAAAUUAAGAAAAUUGCAUUAGCAACCGCACCUGAAGAACUAGAGCAAAUAAUUUUUUCAGCUGACGCUGGAAAUAUGGAAAUUGAAUCAGGAAAAAGUCAACUGAAGUCCCACAAUGGAGAAUCAGACGAUGAAUACGACGAAGAAGAAGAACAUGUUAAUGACGAAGAGGAAGGGGACAAUGGUAUUGAGGAAGAAGAGUGUGAUGGGAAUGAAGAUGAAGCUGAAUAAGGUAAAAACCUGAAAUUUUUUACUAUAUUAAUGUGAAUAAUAUCUUCAUCCUGAGAAAAUUCGUUCCAAAACAAGGUGGUAGUGACCGUUUUGUAUUGACACUUAACAUUAUAUUUAACGAUACCUUUUAGGAUUUUGCGAUGUAUGGAACUACAUUUAAAUUGGAAAUUGUGGACACUUCCAUCUUCAGAUUAUGAUUGAAAGUUAUAAUAUGAAUAAAAGAGAUAUGAUGAUUGUAUGUUUUUAAUAAAAUAGAAAAAAUAAUAAAUUUUA